CUGGAUGUGGGGUUAACAGCACAUCAAACCCGGAAGAAAAAAACAACACUGAAAGAAACGGAUGACAGAAAAGCGUCUUUGGAAGCACCGCCGCGAAGACUGAAAGAAUCAACAAAAUACAUUAAGUGGAACCGAGCAACAGAUAAACAGAAACAGGCAGGAAGGAAGGGCAGCACGCGGCACUAAUGGGACGGUCGCUCAUUGUCUGAAGACUCUCAGUCCCUACUGACAUAACGGGGCUGGCUGCUGAGGUGCCCAAUACUCGCUGGAUGAAAGAAAAAGAACAUCUCGACCGUUAAAAAUAGCAAUUCUAAACGGUAUCGAGGAACAUUGAACAUGCAGAUCUGUGGAAUGUAACAGCGGGAGCUGGCUACCUGGUUUUGCCUAUUGAUCCUCAGUGAUUAGCUGUCGUUAAUUAAACCGACUUAAAGACUGAAGUUGCUGAGUUCCAGUGGCAGUAGGACGGGAAUGACUGUGGCUGUGUUUUUCGGAUGCACGUUCAUCGCUUUUGGGCCUGCAUUCGCCCUCUUUGUGUUCACCAUUGCCCGGGAUCCGCUACGGGUUAUCAUCCUCAUCGCAGGGGCAUUCUUCUGGUUGUUAUCUCUGCUAAUGUCCUCAUUAGUAUGGUUUAUUGCAAUGAAAGCAAGCAAUAAUGAAGAUUACCAAUUGCAGAGAGGACUUCUCAUAUUUGGGGUUAUGUUUUCCGUCAUACUACAGGAAGUGUUUCGCUUUGCUUACUACAAGUUACUGAGGAAAGCCAUGGAAGGCCUUGUUGCACUGAGUGAAGAUGACAGCUCUCCUAUUUCAGUCCAGCAAAUGGCCUAUGUUGCAGGACUUGGUUAUGGAAUUAUGAGUGGUGCAUUCUCUAUGAUAAACAUUCUUGCCGACAGUCUUGGCCCGGGAACUGUAGGAAUUCAUGGCGAGUCCCAGUAUUACUUCCUUACUUCAGCUUUUAUGACGAUGGCUAUUACCCUGCUACACACAUUUUGGGGAGUUCUGUUCUUUGACGGGUGUGAGAAGAGGAAAUGGUGGAUGAUUGCAGUUGUAGUUUGCCUUCACUUGCUGGUAUCUGGACUGACAUUUCUUAAUCCGGUGUACGAAGGCAGUCUACCUCCAGCUUAUAUAAUAACGGUCGCAAUGGGGGUCUGGGCUUUCCUUUCUUCUGGUGGAUCUCUGGAAAGCAUAAGGAAUUCUUUUACAUGUAGCAAAAGUAGCGUGAAUUCUCAGGUUGGAUCUUAAUGCAGAAAUAGUUGAUAUUUGUGAAAAUAUUCUUGCUCAAACUCAGGCAUUGUUAAAUUAUCUUGAAUGUGAGUGAAUACAAUCCAGCAAAAUUGCAACAUUGGAAGAAGCAGCCUUCUGGUUAAAGCAAUCUGCUCUGGUCCUCACAGACUUGUGUUGGAGAAAUGGCCUGAAGAGCUUGAUUUCACUACAGAGUAUAAAUAUGGACCACUUUUGCUUUUUCUGUUCAUAGGCAUAAACUGGAUUAUGCAUAUUUAACAAUAUGAAAGAGUGGGUCCAACGUCAUGUUGAAAACAAAGGAAUAUCCAUUCAGUUCUCAGUGUCUCCAGCUGAACAUAAUGAUUAGAAACUGGUAAUCAGGUACAGACUUCUUUAAACUCGAGUUUUUCAGUCUGUGAUAACAGAUUGGUUAACCUUAUAACUCAAGUUUCCAGUUUUUUGACUGAUACUAUAUUUGUAAAACUUCCAUGAUCACAUUUUUUAUGUCCCACACUCGUAUUGUAGCAGAAUUAUAAAUGGAGGCGUCCAUAUUCAGAGUGGUGAUAUUUGAAGGUCAGAAUACUAAGAGAGUACAAUAAUUUCAGAUGUUCA